GCCGCGGGCGCAGCAGAGCCGGGGCUGGCGGGGGCAGCGCGGCGCGGGCGGCGGAGCGGCGGGAUGCGGCAGGGCCGGGCCGCAGGGCUGGCGGGGCUGGCCGCGGUGCUCCUGGUGGCUGCAGGCAGAGCCCAGGUGCAGCAGGAGCCGUGGGCAGAGACCAGGGAUGGCACCGGCAUCAACAUCACCUGCUCACACCCCAACAUCCAGUCUAGUGAAGUCAUCCACUGGUACCGUCAUCUCCCGGGCCGAGGCCCCGCAUUUGUUGUGCUCGGUACUAAAGGCUCCAAAGCACUGACGGACCUGGCGGGGUGGCUCGUGGUGGCAGCAGACCGCCGGUCCAGCGCCCUGUGGCUCGCCCAGCCCCGGCUUCGGGACGCGGCGGUGUAUUACUGCGCCCUGAGAGCCACGGGGAGAGGAGCCGGGGCUGCGGCCGGGCAGGAACCGUGGCGGGCGGGGCCGGGCGUGUGUGGCGGGGGCGAGGCAGGGGCACAGCACCCAGGGGGCGCUGCCGCUCUGCCCGCCGGGGCCGCCUUACCGCUCGCAGCCCCGGGCGGUCCCCCACCAGCCAAGCCCCAGCCUUGGCUCGGCCCCGCUGAGGCCCCUCAGUUCUCCCGGGUCAGACGCUGGGGGUCCGAUGUGGGUCGGACCCAGCUGGGUGUGAGGGGGCAGGACGGCACACCCAGCAACGUUGAUGUCGGGCAAGGGAAGGGGCACACCUGACUGCAUGAGCUGUGUGUAGCACCCGAGAGACCUCCACACAGUCCUGCUCCCACUGCUUCUUUCAAGUCUCUACCACAUUGCAGAGAGGCCUGCAAAUCAACAGGUGUGGAAAUUCGGCACGGGGAUCACAGUUCAUCUUCAGGGUGCUCCCAGACAUGCAGAGCUUCCUUCCCUCUCCUUCCACCCUUCCCUUCUCCCCUCUGUGCUCGCUCACCUUGCUGGAGAAAGUCCUCAUCCUGACAGCCAGCUGUAUGCUUGGAAGUCUCUUUCCUUGAUGCCUGCGACUGAUGCCUGUGUCUGCUCUACCACCUCCUCCAUUCCCUGCCUGCACCUGCCUGCUCCACUGUGUCUGGCCCCAAAGCCCUCUCAGGACACCUGAAGCCUCCGGCUCUCAGGGAUGCCUGAAGGAACAACCCCGCAUGCACUGCAGACUGCCGCUGUCUGUGCCAAGCCUUCCAGGCUGUGUCAGGUUCCUGCCAACAGAUGACCAAAUAGACCUCAAGGAACCACUGACUGGAAUAUUUUGCUUCUUUGCCUCACGAUCCCUGAGGCUCAUCUUCCAUACCAGAAGCCGCUUUUGCAGAAGCUCCUCUUCUGUGAAUACAAAACACAUUAACACCACCACCACCAAACUGUUUGAUGUCAUUUACAGUGCACAGUGGCAACUUUAGUAGGCAGGUAUACCGCUUGGAGUAACUUCAGUAUCUCUUCUGCAUGUUUAAUUGAUUUCCCUUGGGAUGAUAAGAGUCCUCUCUCCUUCCAAAUUGCCCCAUGUGCAAGCACCACACCAAAGGCCUAUUUUGAACCUGUCCAAAUGUUAAUUCUUUUUCCUUUUGCCAGCUGAAGAGCUCUUAUCAAGGGGAUGAUUUUUUGCUUCUUGGGAUGAUGUUCCAGGGGAAAGAGGCUUUGCCUCAAUUACCUUACUAAGUAUUUUUACCGCAUAUCCUGUGAGGCGAACUCCCUGGCAAACGAAGCUGCUGCCAUUUAUAUACCAAUCCUCUGCAUGUUCUAGGGGUGUAUCCUUUAAGUCUGGUCGGCUGGAGUAUACUGUUUCCAGGGUCUCAAUGCAAAAGUAAAUGGGUAAUUUGGAAACUUAGUUACUGACGAAAGAGGCUGGGUUCCUAAUUUUAGUGCCCAGAAAAUUUGGUGAACUAAUAGUCCAUUCUACACAUUCCUUUUCUUCUUCAGUAUCUAUCAACAGGUCAUCUAGGUAUUGCAACCGUGUUCCCUUCCCUGAAGGGGUUUUCCAAGCCUCAAGAUCAUGGGCUAGUUGUUUCCUGAAUAUGUUGGGGCUAUUCUUGAACCCCUGUAGUAACACAGUCCAAGUAAGCUGAGUUUUUUUGUCCUCUCCUGGGAUUUUCGUAUUCAAAGGCAAAGAGUUUCUGGCUUUCAGUUGCCACAGGCAGGCAGAAAAAAAACAUCCUUUAAA